CGCCCGGGCGACGCGGAGCGUGACAGCGCAGCGGACCGUUCUGCCCCACGACUGCAAUCAGCUGCCUUUCAAGGACAAGAUGUUGAUAAAUAUAAAAAGCCUCUUAUGGAUGUACUCAAUCUUAAUAGUAACCCAUGUACUACAUAAAGUCAAAGCGGAAAAAAGCCCCGUUAAGGGCUCCCUGGCUGGAAGAGUCAGCCUACCUUGCCAUUUUUCAACCAUGCCUACCUUACCACCCGGCUCUAACACCAGUGAAUCUCUCAGAAUCAAGUGGUCUAAGAUCGAAGCGGACAAAAGUGGAAAAGAUUUAAAGGAAACUACUGUUCUUGUGGCCCAGCAUGGAAAUAUCAAAAUUGGUCAAGACUACAAAGGGAGAGUGUCAGUGCCUACGCAUCCGGAGGACGUGGGCGACGCCUCCCUCACCGUGGUUAAACUGCGUGCUAGUGACGCAGGAGUCUACCGGUGUGACGUCAUGUAUGGGAUUGAAGACACUCAGGACACAGUGUCACUUGCCGUGGAUGGGGUUGUGUUUCACUACAGGGCUGCAACUAGUAGGUAUACUCUAAAUUUUGAGACUGCUAAGAAGGCUUGCUUGGACAUUGGGGCAGUCAUAGCAUCCCCAGACCAGCUUUUUGCUGCAUAUGAAGAUGGAUUUGAACAGUGUGAUGCAGGCUGGCUAUCUGAUCGAAGCGUUAGAUAUCCCAUCCGGGCCCCUCGAGAAGGCUGCUAUGGAGACAUGAUGGGAAAGGAAGGGGUCAGGACUUAUGGAUUCCGUUCUCCUCAGGAAACCUAUGAUGUGUAUUGUUAUGUGGAUCAUCUGGAUGGCGAUGUGUUCCAUAUCACCAUUCCCAAUAAAUUCACUUUUGAGGAGGCUGCAGAAGCGUGUGAAGACCAGGAUGCUCGGCUCGCAACGGUUGGGGAACUCCAGGCUGCUUGGAGAAACGGCUAUGACCAGUGUGAUUAUGGGUGGCUUCUGGAUGCCAGCGUGCGUCACCCUGUGACUGUGGCCAGGGCCCAGUGUGGAGGUGGUCUACUUGGGGUGAGAACCCUGUAUCGUUUUGAGAACCAGACAGGCUUUCCUCCCCCUGAUAGCAGAUUUGAUGCCUACUGCUUUAAACCAAAACAGAAUAUAUCAGAGGCUACAACCACCGAAAUGAAUAUCCUCAUAGAAACAGCAGCGGCCAGUUUAUCCAAAGAACCACAAAUGGUACUCGACAGAACCACACCAAUCAUCCCUUUCACUACCAAAUUACCUAUCAUUACUGCAACGUUCCCUCCUGCAGGAAAUAUAGUUAAUUUUGAACAAAAAUCCACAGUUCAAUCACAGGCUGUCACAGACAGAUUAGUCACUAAGUCACCCACACCUGCCUGGGAUAUGAAGAAGCCUUGGGAUAUGGACAACUCCUUAGCAUCUGUUUCAAGACAACCUGAAAAGCCAGACACAUCUGACAUUGAGGGAGAAGUACUCAGAAGUACCACUAACAUCUUCCACCAUGCUACUGAUGCAUGGGAUGCUGUCACAGAAGAUACACAAACACAAGAUUCUGUUACUCAGGCUGAACAAAUAGAAGUGGGGCCUUUAACAUCUAUAGAGAAUUCAAAGUACAUUCCUUCCAAGGAAUUGUCCAUAACGGAAACACCAUUAGUAACUGAAAAGAAAACCAUAAGCAUGACUCCUGAAUUGGUGACCACAAGUGACUAUGGAUUCGCCUUGGGAGAAGAUGAUAGUGAAGACAUAACACUUACAAGUAGAUCUGGUCAGAGCACUUGGGUCUUUAGUCAAAUACCAGAAGUCAUUACUGUAUCAAAGUCCUCAGAAGAUACCACUCCCUCUCAGCUGGAAGAUCUGGAGUCUAUGUUGGCAUCCACAGUUGUUUCACCUGUAACUGUGCCUGACAAAUAUGGAUCAUCCACAGACAGUGGAGAAGAAAAACAAACAAAUGGUAAGGCAACUAAAGAGUUUUUUGACAAGUUUUUAUCUACUACACCUUUUGAACCACAUCUUACAGAAGUAGACUUAUUUCCUUAUUCUGGUGAUUCAAUGUUAGUAGAAGGAACACCCACAGCUAUUCAUCCCUCACCACAAGCAGAAAUAACGCAAGGAAAAGAAAUAACCACAGCACCAAGACCAGAGGGGAGAACAGACACUUACACAGAUGAUGGAAUGCAAGAAAAGGUGACCAAAGAUUCACUGACACAUAAACCAGAAGAAGAGGAUUUCUCUGGAAUGAAGGUCUCUACACCUUCUUUUGAGCAAGUUGAUUUUACAGAGCCUUCCCCAACACUGACAACAGUGAAAUUAAGAGCCAUGCCAACAGAAGCAAGAGAUGUGGAGGAAGUCACCACAGCUCAUAGAUUAGAAGCAGAUGACUUUCAAGAUACUAUAAAGUAUGAUGAAGAUAUCACAACAGCUCAUUUGACCCGCAGUACUUUUGUGGAGGUGGUCACUGUCUCAAAGUGGUCAUGGGAAGAAACCAAUGCAACGUCAAAGCCCUUAGAUGCCACAGAAGAUGCAGGUGCCCCCAAAUUACCCCCCAUAUUCCUCACAACUAUCGGGGUGAAUGGAAAGGAUGAAGAAGCCCCAAGUUUCACAGAAGAAGGAAGAGAUCAAGUUGCUUUUAUUCCAGAUAGUACUCCAUCAACAUUGGAAAAGUUGACUGAGAAAGACUUCACUUUGGGGAAAUUCACAGUUCAAGAUCAGCCAACUCCAUCUGUUGGCACUGCAGAGAUGUCAACUCUGAGACAGUCUACAACUGAAGGAAGAGUUCUCCCUGCUACAAGCACAGAAGGUCAGGUUGUUCAUGUGACACUGGAAGAAAGUGGUUUGGGUGAAGGAGAAGACAUAGAUGCCUCCAAACCACUAUUUACUCUGCCUCCAAUUACACACAUCUCAGAGGCAGAAGAUUUGGCAUUUGUUAAUGAUAGUAGCACGCAGGAGCCUACUCCUUAUGUGGCUACUUCCCAUACCAUUCCUUUUUCUGUAAUUCCCAAGACAGAAUGGGGAGUACCUUCUGUUACAUCAGAAGGUGAAGUUCUAGGUGAACCUUCCCAAGACAUACAAGUCAUUGAUCAGACUCACCUAGAAGCAACUAUGUCUUCUGAAACAUUGAGAACAACCACAGAAAUCACACAGGCAACCAGUCAGGAUGAAUUCAUUUGGAACGAGCAAACCACCAGGAAACCAGUGCCUCCUCUCAGUUCUACAGCAAGCAGGCCAAGAGAGGCAACACCAUUCGAUGAGGAAGAGGGUAACGGAUCAGCAUAUACAGUCUUUGAAGAUAGUUUGGUGACAGAUUCUGACAGAAUCUCUGUUUUAGAACCAACUUCGGUUGGAAAAAUUGAAGAUGGUCUGGCAUACUCACCUGGUGCAAUCACUGAGCACAAAGCAGAGACAGAUGAGAUGGUAACACUAACAUCGAGCAUCAAGCCAAAAGUAGUUGUAAGUCCAGAAGCUGAAGGGAGUAGUUCAACAGAGUUUGUGUCACCUUUGAGUCCUUUCAGCACUCACGUCACCGAGCUGGUCAGGGAAACCACCACCGAGGAAGGAGAGAAAACAUCCCUGGAUGACAUUGAGGCAGGCUCAGGAUUAUUUGAAAAGCCCCAAACCACAGAACUUACAAGUGAUAUCAUAGCCACUUUCGGUUCAAUAGACAGACUUCACCCAACUUCAGCAUUGGAACUGCCUUCAGCACCCACUGAGAAGCCACAUCUCAUUGACUGGGAGCCCAUUGAGAAAAGUACCCUUGACACAGUACUUAUUACAGACACAACAUCCCAGGUCCCUCCCCCCACCCUCACUGAUACUACAACUAAGGCAAUAGAAACUGGUAUUGAUAAAGAGUAUUAUUCGACUUCAAAGACUUCUGCUACCCAACCAACAAGAAUACCCACUUUGGAAAGCGAAGAAGCACUUUCCACUCCACAGCCCUCAGAAGGGACAAAAUUCCACCAUGACAUAAAUGUUUAUAUUAUUGAGGUCAGAGAAAACAAGACAGGUCGAAUGAGUGAUUUGAGUGUAAUGGGUCAUCCAAUAGAUUCAGAAUCUAAAGAAGAUGAGCCUUGUAGUGAAGAAACAGAUCCAGUGCACGAUCUAAUUGCUGAAAUUUUAACUGAAUUACCCAGUGUCAUAGACAUAGAUAUCUAUCACAGUGAAGAAAAUGAAGAGGAAGAUGACGACUGUACAAAUGGCACUGAAGUGACCACCACUCCAUCCGUGCAGUACAUAAAUGGCAAGCAACUCGUCACCACGGUGCCCAGGGACCCAGAAGCUGCAGAAGCCAGACGUGGCCAGUUUGAAAGUGUUGCUCCUUCUCAAAAUUUCUCAGACAGCUCUGAAAGUGAUAGCCAGCGGUAUGAAAUGACAGAAACAGAACUCUCUAACAGAGGCCAACCAAAUGAAUCUCAAGAAACCACUGAAUUUCUGGAAAUGACCUGGAAACCUGAGACUUAUCCUGAAUCAACAGAGCAGUUUUCAAGUGGUGAGCCAGAUAUUUUCCCCACAGUCCCAGUCCUUGAAGGAAAAGACAUAGAGAGGGCCGAGUCCACCACGAAGAGAGGUUUUAACCUUGAAAACCUGACACAUGAACCUGGUGAACCUGCAACUCUGUUUCCUGAGGAGUCUUCAGGAGAAGCGGCCAUUGAACAAGUAUCUCAGGAAAUGGUCCCUUCUAGGGCUACAGAAGCAAUAUUAGGUGAAGAGGCAGAAAAUAGUCCUAUCACGUACACUCCCAGAAUGCUUCCAGACUCUGUACCAGCAUAUGUGUCAGAGGAAGGAUCAGUUACCCAACCAGGAAAUCCAGGCUCUUUGUCUACCCUAGAAAGCUGGGUGGAACUGACAACUGGACAAAUUGUAGAGUUCUCAGGGAGUUCUUUGGCUCCAAUUCUAGAAGGCUCUGGGGAGGUAGACGAGGAUAGAGAGAAAAUGUUUCCCACAGUAACUGAUUUGUCACAGGUGAAUAGUACAGAUGCGCUGAUUACCUUAGAUUCAAACAACAAAAUGAUCACAGAGAGCCUUCUGGAUGUUCCUGAAACUGCCAUAUAUACGGUUUCAGAACAACCUUUGGUUGAAGUGGUGCCUACUCAAUUUUUAAGUGAAGUAGACACUUCUGACUGGGGUAUGAGCACGUACCUUGAAGGAAAGCAAAAGAAAAAGGAGGGAGAGGGAGCUACAGGUACAGAAUCUAGAGUUGAGAUAUACUCAACAACACGUGAGGCAAAAGAACUCGGCUUACCCCUUGAAUCAGAAAAUGCCAGUGUAGCUCCAUCUAGUGAGUCAGCUAUGGCCAGUGAAAGCUCUUUGAUGAUCCCCACAGAGUUUGAGAAGAACAUGAAAAAAUCGACUCCUAUCUUCACAGAAGCGAAUGUGGCAAUCAAUUUUGGGGAACAGCCCUUUGAACCAAGCAGUAGCAGUCAGUUGAGGGUCCAGGAAGAGCUGUCCACUCUUCAAAGUAGCCCUAUCUCUCAUUUUAUGGAGCAGGGCUCAGGAGAAGCUGCUGCUACCCCAGAAUCCAUGACAGUUUCCUCAUUUUCAUUAAAGUUGGACUCUGAAAUUCAAUCGCAAAGGGAAGCAGCUGCCACUCCAUCUCCCCAUGUGGAAACCUCAUUCUCCUCUAAGCCAACAGGACUAGCUUUGAGUACAAUCAUGAACAGAGAAGCUACUGAAAUUAUAAACCAAACAUCCAAGGAAAAAUUAAUGGCAGAAGUGGCAGGAGCACCAACUCCCAGGGCAGAAAUGAGGGACUUUUCCACCGGCUCUCCUGGGGAAGAAGGUUUCAGUGGUGACUUUGGAGACUACUCAACAGUGUCUUAUCCUAUUACAAGUGAUAGAACAAUGAUGGAAGGUUCUGGGUAUGCAUCAAUUACAAAUGAUCAGAUUUCACCAUCUGUAAUACCCACUUCAGACCACAGCCAUGUAUUGUCUAACUCAGAACAACCCAGCAGCACUAUGGUAAGCACUUCAGCCUUCCCAUGGGAAGAGUUUGCAGCUUCAGCUGAGGGCUCAGGUGAGCAACUGGUCCCUGGCAGAAGCUCUGCCAACCCAGUGAGUCCCACUGAUGCAGAAAACCUUUCUGAUACAGAUUCUUCAUUGCUUGAUCAAGGAUUGGAAGAAAUGAGUGUCAUGAAUGAAACUGAUAAAAGAGUCACAAUUUUACCAACAGUAGAAGCUGAAAGUACUGCAGACUCAUCGGAAAAGGGAGAAGUAAAGGCCGAUGGCAGAAUUGCAGUGGACUUUCUUCAAACAAUAGAGCCAUCUACAUUAUGGUCUACGCCAGAAGUCAGUUCUAUAAGCCAAGCAAUUCAAAGUACAACAGUAUCAGACAGAACAAUCCAAGAACAAAGGCCUUUUGAAUUCUUCCAAAGUUCUCUUGUAUCAGAACAUACAACUUUUGGUACACAAAUAUAUCCUGAACUCCAAACCACAGAUGAUUCUAUACUAACAAUGAAGAAGACUUUUAGCAAUGACAAAGAAAUGGAGGAGGAAAGCAUGUCCUUACUUCAUAUGUCUACUCCAUAUUCAGAUCCAAAAGGCUUGGAGUCAUAUACUCCCCUCCCUGAAACUACUGAGAGGCCAGACUCUUCCUUAGCUCCUGUCUUAGUGACUGAACUUCUACCCACUGAAAAUGUGAGAACAGAUUCAUCAAUUAACAAGGAUGGAAGAAUAGAACUAAUUCCCGAAAAUAUGAGACCAAUAUUGAAAGAGUCAGAUACUGAUCUCUUAUUCUCUGGAUUGGGAUCAGGAGAAGAAGUUUUGCCUCCUCUCCCUACAAUGUCAGUGAAUUUUACUAAAAUGGAACAAAUAAUAAGCACAUCGUAUCCCCACAUGGUGAGUUUAGCAACAAGCAUCUCAAGUGGUAACAUGGAAGACUAUGAGAGAAUUGGAAGUGUGGCAAAUGAAAUUAGAACAUUCAUUUCCAAAACAGACAACAUCUCUGAAGGUACAGAGGCAGUAUCUGACACAACCUUAAUAGAAAUAUUAAGUGACAUUGGAGCAGAAGGACACACUACAGCACCUCUUCCUCUCUCCAGAGACAUUGAUCACCCUCAAAAUCAGACCAUCAAAUGGGAAGAAGAAAUUCAGACUAGUCAACCUCAAACCAGAAUUGAACAAACUUCUAGUAAGAACUCUUCAACCUCAGAAACUGAAGAAACAUCAACUUCUUCUGCUGUUUUUCUGCCUAGAACGUAUGGUCUUGAAAUGGCCAAAGAAUUUGUUAUGUCAAUACCAAUGCCAACUGACAUGUCUCAUGAAAAUUCUGGAGAAGGAUCUGGAGAAAUGAAUAGUUUUGAUUUAUUCCACACUUCUAAAACAACUGAAGCCACCAAGCAAGGAAGCACUCCAUUUGUUUCUGAUGGAUUCCUGGAAAAGCAUCCUGAGGCACCACGUGCUGAAGCUGGGAAGGCUGAUGUGUAUGCAACCAUCUCAGCAAUGCUGCCUCUUCAUCCAGAAGCAAACGAAACCUCACCUAAUCUGGUUAGCAUGUUGCCAACUACAGUGCCACAUGAGAGGCCCACAGAAGGCAGAGCAGGUAGUUUCCAAGAUCAUCUUGAGGCACUAAAAGAUUCUACCUCAAAACCGAACAGAAGAAAAUCUAGUGAAAAUAUUAUUAUAGAUCUGGACAAAGAGGAUAUGGAUUUAAUACUGACAGUUACUGAGAGUAGCAUCCUUGAAAUUCUACCUGAGCUAACAUCAGACAAAAACACUAUCAUAGACAUCGAUCACACUAAACCUAUAUAUACAGAUAUCCUUGGAAUGCAAACAGACAUAGAUCCAGACAUACCAUCAGGACCACAUGGAAGUAAUGAAGAAAACAGUCAAGUUCAAGAGAAGGUGACAGCUGAUAACCUUUCUUUAACUAAGGAGUCAUCAGAAGGUUUUGGUGAUACUCUUUUGGCUAGCAAUACUCAGCCAACAUACAGUGAAUCCAUGACUUUGGAAGACAGAAACCUCUUAGAUCACAGGGGUUUUGAUUCUGCAGCUGGGACUCCUGUUCCUACUAGAGAAACAGAUGUAGAUAUUUUACUUCCCACAGCAUCAUCCCUGCCCAUUCCUAGGAAGUCUACCACAACGAAUCCAGAGAUCAAAGAACUAGAAAGUAAAGCAAUACCUCUGGAUGACAUAUUUGAAUCAAGCACUUUGUCUGAUGGUCAAGCUAUUGCAGACCAAAGUGAGAUAAUAUCAACCAUGGGGCACUUGGAAAGGACACAGGAGAACUUUGAAGAAAAGAAACAUACAGAUUCUUCUUUUCAGCCAGAGUACUCUUCAGGAGAUGAGGAGGCAUUGAUAGACUCCACUUCCUAUGUAAGUAUCACUAGUAUCCACCACACAGCUCCGAGUUUAACAGAAGCUUCUCAUGGGCUGGGAGUAUCCAGCCCUUCCUAUUACACUGACACAGCCUCUGCAGUGUCAGCAUUUAUGCGUCUGCCUUCUCAGGUGCCGCCCUCUCCAUUCCCUGUUUACGUAGGCAGCAGAGCCUCUGAACACCCAGAGAUUCUUGAACCAAGUGCUCCACCAGCUACAGAAGCUGGAUCAUCUCAGAGGCCUCCCAAUGAUUCUUUUAAAGAAGCUCAUACAAAGAGUGAAGUAACUGUCAAGCCAUCAAGUGAAGAAGACGUUCAUAGAACAGAGACUCCGUUUGUAUCUCCUGACACAGAACUUUCAGAAGACAAACCCAGGUUGUCAGAAGUCACAGAAUCAACUGCUGAAGAAGAAACAGAGUCCUCCCAUGAUUCAACAAGCAAAAGCAAUUAUCUCCUCUCUGGGGAAAGUAUUGAGGUGUUUCUCAGUAGCAGAACACCUGAGGCUGAAACCAUUACAACAGCUGCCAGUGAAAAUAAGUUAGAAGAUGCUACACAGUGGCCACAUUUUAGUUCUGCUUCUGCAACUUUCAGGGCUUCAUUGGUGCCUACACCUCACCCCCAGACAUCUGAGAGGCCCACCACCCCUCCUUCUUUGGAAAGAUACCCUGAAACACACGCAGUUUUAAUGAGAGGGCAGGGUUCCACAGUGGCAGCAUCAGAGAAACAAGUGGAAUUAAGAAUACUUGAUUCAAGCAAUCAGGCAACAAUAAGCACUGUGGAUUCAAAUACUGAGCUUGCAACAUCACCAUUUUCCCUUCUGGAUACUAAGGAAACUGAUUUCCUGAUUGGCAUUAAUGAAGAGUCGGUGGAAGGCACAGCAGUCUAUUUACCAGGACCUGAUCGGUGCAAAACAAACCCGUGCCUUAAUGGGGGCACCUGCUACCCUACUGAAACUUCCUAUGUGUGCACUUGUGUGCCAGGAUUCAGUGGAGACCAGUGUGAACUUGAUUUUGAUGAGUGUCACUCUAACCCUUGUCGGAAUGGCGCUACUUGCGUGGAUGGCUUCAAUACAUUUAGAUGCCUCUGCCUUCCAAGCUAUGUCGGCGCACUUUGUGAACAAGACACUGAGACGUGUGACUAUGGCUGGCACAAAUUCCAAGGGCAGUGCUACAAAUACUUCGCCCACCGACGCACUUGGGAUGCCGCUGAAAGGGAAUGUCGCCUGCAGGGAGCCCACCUCACCAGCAUCUUGUCUCAUGAAGAGCAAGUGUUUGUGAACCGUCUGGGCCAUGAUUAUCAAUGGAUAGGCCUCAAUGACAAGAUGUUUGAGCACGACUUCCGUUGGACUGAUGGCAGCACAUUGCAAUAUGAAAACUGGAGACCCAACCAGCCAGACAGCUUCUUUUCUGCUGGAGAAGAUUGCGUUGUAAUCAUUUGGCACGAGAAUGGCCAGUGGAAUGAUGUUCCCUGCAAUUACCAUCUCACCUACACUUGCAAGAAAGGAACAGUUGCUUGUGGCCAGCCCCCUGUUGUAGAAAAUGCCAAGACCUUUGGAAAGAUGAAGCCUCGUUAUGAAAUCAACUCCUUGAUUAGAUACCACUGCAAAGAUGGUUUUAUUCAACGCCACCUUCCUACUAUCCGAUGCCUAGGAAAUGGAAGAUGGGCAAUGCCUAAAAUAACCUGCAUGAACCCAUCUGCAUACCAAAGGACUUAUUCUAAGAAAUACUUAAAAAAUUCCUCAUCAGCCCAGGACAAUUCAAUAAAUACAACAAAACACGAUCAUCGUUGGAGCCGGAGGUGGCAGGAGUCGAGGCGCUGAUCCUUUACAUGGCGAACAUGUGUUUUCAUCAUUACAGCCAAAGUCCUAACUUCUUGUGCCUUUCUUAUCACCUCGAGAAGUAUUAUCAGUUGCUUUGGAGUUUUGGAUCACCGUCCAGUCGUUUUGGGUGGCUGUGCCCCCAAGACGAACGUAUUGACACUCAAAAAGAAAGUGAACAAAAAAGGAAAGGGAACGAGGGCAGAAAAGACCAUUUCCAGCCUACUUAAUUUCUUUAGCUUUCUGUUUGUCUCCAGUGCAGAACAUUUCAUCACAUAUACCAGCCUUCUGUACUAUUUAAAAAGCUUAAUUCCAGCACCGAUGGCCAUGUAAAUAAGAUGAUUUAAUGUUGAUUUUUUAAAAAUCCUGUAUAUAAAAUAAAAAAGAUCACACUGA